AUGCCGGGGCGUUCGACCACAGAAGCCAUUCAUCUUGUGAGAAGAUUGGUGGAGCAGUAUCGGGAGAGGAAGAGGGACCUGCAUAUGGUGUUCAUCGAUUUAGAAAAAGCUUACGAUAAAGUCCCAAGGGAGAUUUUAUGGAGAUGUCUGGAGGUUAGUGGGGUUCCGGUGGCGUACAUUAGGAUGAUUAAGGAUAUGUACGAUGGAGCGAAGACUCGGGUGAGGACUAUGGGAGGAGACUCAGACUAUUUUCCUGUGAUGAAGGGGUUACAUCAUGAUGACAUUGUGCUAAUCGAUGAGACGCGUUGCGGGGUUAACGACGCUGCGGGGCUGGAGCUGUGGAGGCAGACCCUGGAGUAUAAUGGUUUCAAGUUGAGUAGAACAAAAACUGAAUACUUGGAGUGCAAGUUCAAUGAGGGGACACAGGAAACAGAAGCGGAGGGGAAGCAUCAUACACAAGUCAUCCCCGUGAGAGACAGUUUCAAAUAUAUCUUGGGUUCGUUAUUCAGGGGAAGGGGAGAUUGA